AACCAUAGGCCGAAUCUCCCUCCACCACUCAGCACACUCAUUACCCGCCCCCUCUUCCAAUAACAAACGCCUGUACCCUCCUUCUCUGUCUCUCUGCUGCAGACAGACUGCAGACAAAAGUCAUCUCUUUAAAGCAGAGAGACGAGAGGUUUGAAAGAGCUCCUAGGUAAAUUUAAACAUCUAAUUAGGUAAGAAAAAACUACAGGCAAGACAUAAGAAAUACCUCAGCUGUAGAAAACAAAAAAACAAUUAUGGGAAACAGGACUGUUAGAAAAUGCUGUGCUGUAUAUCCCUGUCUUUUCUUUGGUCUUCUGUAUUUGUAUUGGUGUAAGGGAGUCAUAGGACAAAGCUUGCAGGAGCAGGACGGCGUGUGCAACGCUGAGGGAUGCUAUUCCAUUCAUCUCCAGCGCAAGACAUUCAGGGAGUCCUGGAGGACCUGCAAGGAUAAAGGGGGGAACCUGGCUACCAUUAAAGGACCAGAAGAAGCUUCCAUGAUCCAUGACCUCCUAUCGUCAGGGGUCAGACGUGGCUCCCGGCCCAGGAUCAGGUUGUGGAUUGGCCUCCAGCGACAACCUCGGCAGUGCUCGGCCACGCGCCCUUUGAGGGGCUUUACCUGGAUCACUGGGGAUCAGGAAACGCAGUAUACGAACUGGCAACGUGAUGACUUACCCAAUGCUUGUGCUGCUCACCGUUGUGUGGUCAUUACCUACAACACGGCUGACAAAAGUGGAAAUGACAAGAACAACUUCAAAUGGCUCGAUGGAUCUUGUGCAGUGGCUGUGGAAGGUUUCUUCUGCCGCUACACCUACCAAGGGAUGUGCCCAGCUCUUCAAAGAGAAGGAGGGGGUCCUGCACUCUACACCACCCCAUUUGAACUGGCAAGUACUAUUCUUACUCACAUCCCUUUUGGCUCAGUGGCAACUCUCCCUUGUCCCGAUGGUGGCAAGGAAGACCAGUCAAUACUGUGCAUGCUGAGAGAGGAUAGAAGUGUUGGCUGGUCAAAGGAUGCACCGCUCUGCACUGACACUCCGAUAGACUGGUGUAAACAGGACAAUGGUGGCUGUGAGCACUUCUGUGUGAACUCAGAUACUCAUUACUACUGUGAGUGCUCUGAGAAUUAUGUUCUGGCAGAAGACGGAAAGACCUGCCAGUUCUCGGAUCCCUGCCAUAGUGCCAACUGCGAGUUUGAGUGUGAGUCCACUCCUCAGGGACAUCGCUGUAAGUGCCCCGAGGGGUACCUCCUGUCUGGUGAUGGUCAGAGUUGUCUUGAUAUAGAUGAGUGCUUGCAGAAACCAUGCCCACAGGAAUGCGUCAAUGCACCUGGUACUUUUGAGUGUAGAUGCAACGAGGGCUACCUUCCGUCUGAGUUUGGAGAAUGUGUGGACGUGGAUGAAUGUAUGGAAGGAAAAUGCGUUCAUAUCUGUGAGAACUCGAUUGGUUCCUACACGUGCCGUUGUCACGAGGGAUUCUCUCCACUCGAAGAAAAUCCAGAUCAAUGUGAAGAUAUUGAUGAGUGUAAAACUCCAGAUAUUUGUGACCAGGUGUGCAAAAAUAACCAAGGUGGAUUUGAGUGUCAAUGUGAGGAGGGUUAUAUGCUGCAAGAGGACAACUACUACUGUCAGCCAGUCAACGAGGAUAAACAUGUGAAGUCUGAAUCAGCUGAUGCAACACUGAAUGGUCCCAGCUUGCCUGAACUGAUGACAGAUGCCAGCCUUCUGGAAUCGCCAACAAAUUCCCCAAGCAUAGAGUGGCAUCCGACUUACUUGAGCUGGUUUACGGAGAAGACACAGGAGGGAUAUGUGACCACUCAGGAACCUGAUUUAAUUGAGCAUGCAUCUUCGAAUUCACCUUCAUCAAACUUUUUGAUGGAUACUACAACUUCAGAUGAUUCUCAUCAAGAUGAUGCACAUGAGGAAGAAAUAUCAAUAGCAGCUGGUGAUACAGCAGAUGUAAGGACUUCAGGAAACAAAGGAGCCUCGGAGGCUUCGACAUCUGUUUCAAAGAGAAAAUGGGAUUUUGUCAUGCUCACUCCUCCAACAUCCCAAAUACCAGAAGAUACACUGGCAUCAGGAACAGAACAGCGUCCAGGUGAUAGGAAGAAGCAUGACAAAAGCUGGCUGCUUGUGGCACUGCUGGUUCCACUAUGUGUUUUUAUUGUGGUCAUGUUAGCGUUAGGCAUUGUUUAUUGCACGAGUUGUGCUGUAGAGCCACGGAACAAAAGCAUCACAGACUGUUAUCGCUGGACCACCACCUCCAAGCCUGAAAAAUCAAGCACAGCAAAUUCUCGAGCUUGAGUAAACAUGACUUUAAAAUAAUAAUAAUAAUAAUCAGCAAUGACCCUGGACUUCGUCAAGCUGUUUUAGUGUGAUCACACUGAUGUCACUUUGGUAUUCUGUAUGUUCCUGUGGGAUAUUAGGGCAAAAUAGUAACCAGGUGCACAAUCCAACAUUUAGACAUCAUUUUCAGACAAUGGAGAGAAUAUCAAUUAUUAUCCAAUGGAAGUGGAGCAGUAACCCCCAAACUGUGUAGAAGAAACAUUUCAUGGAAAGUAGGACAGAAUUCAAACUGAAUUUAGCAUGCAUCCCUUUUACAUAUAAUACAAUGAAUGAUAAUUUUUAUAAAGCCUACGAGUAUAAAUACUAUAUAUAUAUAUAUAUAUAUAUAUAUAUAUAUAUAUAUAUAUAUAUAUAUAUAU